UUCUUCUCCUUGACAGUUGGGCAUUGUAAGGUCAGUGUUCAGGAAGUAGGUGGGAUCCGGCUCAGAAUGGUAACAGUAUACAACUGUCUUAAAUAAAUUAUACUAACACUGUAACCAAGUCUUUUGGUUAGGGAUUUAGAUUCAUACGCCCUGCAGGUGUGCUGAUACAAAAAAUAAAACACGAAUAAGUAAAUAAAAAUUAGGUGACAGAGGCUAGCGGCAGUUAUACAGUACCAGAAGGGGCACUUCCCUUUAUUAAGUCAGUGGACAGGAGUGCUGAAAGAGGUUCGUGGAUCCUGACAAAAGCUUUCUCUGUCGACGAGCAGAUUUACUGAAUGUAUAAAGGUGUCCACUGAACAUCGGAAAUCCUCUUUUGAAGAGUUUGCAUGCAAUGUCAACAAUGAAUCCUGAAUAUGACUAUUUAUUUAAACUGCUACUUAUUGGUGAAUCAGGAGUUGGCAAGUCUUGUCUUCUACUUAGAUUUGCAGAUGAUACAUACACUGACAGUUACAUCAGUACCAUUGGUGUGGACUUCAAAAUCAGGACUAUAGAACUAGAAGGGAAAACUGUUAAACUGCAAAUUUGGGAUACAGCUGGCCAAGAGCGAUUCAGAACCAUCACAUCGAGUUACUACAGAGGAGCACAUGGGAUUAUUAUUGUCUAUGAUGUUACAGACUUGGAUACAUUCAGCAAUGUGAGAGAGUGGCUGGAAGAAAUUAAUCGUUACGCUAGUGAAAAUGUCAAUAAGCUACUUGUGGGAAAUAAAUGUGAUUUAACAACAAAGAAAGUGGUUGAUUAUACGACAGCAAAGGAAUAUGCAGAUUCUCUUCAGAUGCCCUUCCUGGAAGCCAGUGCAAAAAAUGCAACCAAUGUAGAACAGGCCUUUGUUACCAUGGCAGCAGAAAUCAAAAACAGAGUGGGAAGUGGUGCUGCCCAGAUGGACUCUCAGAAAUCAAAUGUUCGUAUUCAGAGCACUCCUUUAAAGCAAGGGGGCACAGGAGGUGCAGGAAAUGGCUGCUGUUGAAUGUAUUUUAUGAAGAAGGGCAUGUAGAACGUCUCCAUUCUGUGAUUUCUCUUCUCACAAAACAGUAAAAUGAAUUCUCAAGUGCAAGAAACUAAACUUAUUUAUCACCCAGUGUGUUUAUUUAAGUAGCUCUAAUAGUACUUAUGCAAUGAUGUUGUACUAAAGUUUUCCAAAAAGAGUGGUCAGUGCAAUACAUUCUGGGUUUGCCGCUCCAACAGUAUUGUUUUUUUCCCCACUGGAAUGGAUCUGGGGUGGUCCCAUACCCAUCACAACCUGCUGGAGGUUAUAGUGAUGCUUUCAGUAUUUUGUUGACUUCUUCCAAAUUCCUCAACAGAAUAUGCAUCAAACCACAGAUGAUUUAUAGACACUGCAACUUACCUUAGAUGGUGUGUUUGUGAAGCAUUAAUGGGCUACUGCACACACAUUUUUUUUCAGAUUUCUAGAACGAAACUGCCUUCAGCCUCUAAUGGAGCUAUGGAAACAAAUGUAUAUAGCUGUGAGUUCAGCUAUAGAAGGAUGGGUCUUAAAACUACAUGAACGGUGGCACUCCAUUACAGAUAUCUCAAAAACUACAUGAACGGUGGCACUCCAUUACAGAUAUCUCAAGACAAGUCCUUAACACUUAUGGCUAUAGAGGUUUUUAUAAUACAUUGCCAUAUGAAAUCAACCCAUCCAUUAAGGAUGUACUUUUAGUGCAACUAGAUGAAUGACACAAAAGCAGGUUAUCCACCUGUAACACAGAUAACAUGGGUUUGAGUACAAGUCCAGGUGUCACUGUAGCAGCCGUGGAACCUUGGGAAGUGGAAAGCAGUGAAUUUGAUGUGCUCACUUUCACCUGAUGAAGGUACAGGGACCCCAAUCACUGCUUCAUUGUAACCCCUGGUGAAGGCCAGGUGAAUUGGAGUGGGCAUUCAGAAGUAGAGAGAGAGCAAAGGCCUCUACAGAAUUAACACUAUACCCCAUUAGCCUGACAGUGUGAUGUACUUAAAGCUAGUUUCAACCUGCGGUUUUGCACAGAAGAGAUCAUAUAGGCCAGUAGGCCAAACGUUAAAGAAGCAGGGAAAAAUAAACGAAAAAGCUUUUCAUUUCUUUGACUGGUCUCAUAAACUGCCUUACCUUAUGACCUUCACCAGGGGUCAACUGGGUUCCACAUUCAGGUUUUGGCCUCCUUUCUCUGUGGGGUUGCCACUAUAUUAGCCAUGAUUUUAUUGUGCAAAAAAUCUCACACUUUUCCCAUUUUUUGGUUCAGAAGUUUGAAAUACUGGUAAAAGUGCAGUAAAUUAUUUCCAUUACUCACUUUUAUCAAGAUCACAGCCCAGUAUACUAGCCUGUGUCAGAGAGUAAUAUCUUAUGGACGUUGUGCCACACCACCCUACAAAGGAAGGAACAAUAUUGUCAGGUGUUAAGUCCUUCCUUUAGAACCCACCUUCAGUCCUGACUCAUCCUCCCAGCAAUCAUGUCCAUUCCAGAACCCUGACAGCUUGCAUUACAAAAAUAAAAUGUUGAUGCACCAGUGAGAGUAGAUUAAACUUUAUUUGCAAUCACUUUAAAAAAAAAAAAUUAUUGUUGAAGUACAUUGUCAUGCAAUAGUAUACAUGUUCUUGAAGCUGUAUUGUAUUGACAGUAAUCACUUUUACUUUUUGUAGGUGGGUGUGUUCUAAUUUUUUUGUCACCUGAUAUCAUUUUAGAUUAUUAUAGUAGAUUAACAAAUUAAUAUUGUAGUGAUGUAAUAUCAACAGUUAAGGCAGUGAGCUUAAUAAAGUGCUCCAUUGCACUUAGCAGGAUUAGAAUUCUUCUACACGUAACAUAUAAAAUAGAUAUUUCACCACUUUAUUGUGUCUAACAGCAAAAUAUUCAGCAAUUGUUUUGCUUUUCAUUCUUAAUUGAACCAUUUUAACACUGCCGUAUUUUUGACACUGUGGCACAACAUAGUAUUUCCUCAUUUUACCUUUUUCUACUCUGCUUUUCCAUUACUGACAUUGCAUUCAUGUGCAAUCAGUUCUUAUCAGUACUUAUUUCUUUCAGAGAACUCUUAUCCAGUGAAGCUGUUGAUGUUCAAACUGUUUUGCAUUAAAACUGGAGACAACUGUUAAUGCUUACAUCCCAACAGAGAUUUUUUUUAUCCCUUCAUUACUGAGAAUCUGAUUUUCUGAGACAGUUGAAAAUAAUUUAACAGUUCAUACUUACAAAGGACCAAGUUUACUAUUCAUUUUCUAAUUCUGAAAGCUUGCUAAUGUUGGGCUUAUCUUACAAGACACACUCUGGAAUGCUUUUUUUUAACCAUGUUCUAUCUUAUUAACAGUUCAUCAAAGUAUUUUUUGUUAGAUUUGUCAUGAUUGUUUUGGAAUAAAACAUGCCUGUAAAUUUUA